AUGGAAGACACCCAGGUUUUAAACUGGGAAGUUGAAGAAGAGGAGGAGGUUGAAGAGAGCCCCACUGAAUCUGUGGGGUAUAGCUUGGAGCCCCUAGGGCAGCUGCAUAUCUUCAGUAGUUCUUAUGGACCGGCAAAAGACUUCCCACUCUACCUCGGGAAGAACAUGAUAGGCCGAAUGCCUGAUUGCUCUGUGGCCCUGCCCUUUUCAUCCAUCUCCAAACAACAUGCAGUGAUUGAAAUCUCUGCCUGGGACAAGGCGCCUGUUCUCCGGGAUUGUGGGAGCCUCAAUGGCACUCAAAUCCUGCGGCCUCCUAAGGUCCUGGGCCCUGGGGUGAGUCAUCGUUUGCGGGACCGGGAGUUGAUUCUCUUUGCUGACUUGCCCUGCCAGUACCAUCGCUUGGAUGUCCCCCGGCCUUUUGUCUCCCGGGGCCCUCUAACUGUAGAGGAGACACCCAGGGUACAGGGGGGAACUCAGACCUCCAGGCUUCUGUUGGCUGAGGACUCAGAGGAAGAGGCAGAUUCCCUUUUGCACAAGUGUGUGGUGAAAGGACCAAGGACCUCUUUGGCAACAGUCGUUCCAGAGAGUGAUGAAGAAGGGCCUUCCCCUGCCCCAGAUGGGCCCGGGCCACCUGCCUUCGACUUGAACAGCGACACAGAUGAGGAAGAAAGUCAGGAAUCAGGAGCAGGAGAGGCCUCUUCAGCUGCCAGAAGAGGUACCGCUGCAGAGACAGAACAGCCUGAACCUGUCACAGCCGAAGUCCAGAUUGAGAAGGAUCAGUGUUCCGUGAAGGAGAGGAACAGGGACACAGAAAUCAAGAGGGAUGUGAGGACUGGGGUCGUUCCGAUUGGAGUGAUUCUGGAGAGGAGCCAGCCUUCUGGGGAGGGCAGUGACACAGAUGUAAGUGAUGAGAGUGGGCCUCCAAGAAGGCUUGCUGGGGUCCGUCCGAAAAGGGCCUGGUCUUGUAACUUCAUAGACAGUGAUACCGAUGGGGAGGACGAGGGAAUCCCUGCUACCCCAGCAGUGGUUCCCAUGAAGGAGAGGCAGACCUUCCACGAAGCUGGUACACAGAGCCCCCAGGCACCUGGUGUGGCACAUCGGCAGGAGAGCCCAGCUGAUGGUGAUACAGAUAUAGAGGAGGGGGAGGCCCCCCCGGACAGAAUCCAAGCCUCCAUGGUGAUUGACAGCAAUACAGACUGUGAGGAGGAAGUCUCGGCAGCUCUGACACUGGCACGUCUAAGAGAGAGCCAGGCUGGUAAGUGGAACCAAGAUCCAGAUGCAGAAGAGGAUAGGGCUCAACCAGUGGCCCUUCUGGAGCGAAGCCAGGCCUGUGCUGGGGGAGACAGUGACACAGAUGUGGAGGAAGAGGGGCUCCCAGUGGAAAGGAGGGGAAUGGUUCCCAAGGGUCACAUGGACAGGGAAUAUUCAAAAAAGAGCCAGCAUCCUCCCAGGGACAGUGAUACAGAGGGGAAGGAAGAUGAGAGCUCACCGGGGGUCUAUCUGGAGAAAAGCCAGGCCUCUGCACAAGUGGAGGAUGAGGUCUCACUGAGGCCAGCUGUUGCACUUCCGGAGAAGCGUCAGGUACGAAGCAUAGUGUGGACACAUCACACCGAUGCGGAGGCAGAUGGGGGCCCGGCACAGCUGCCUGUGCUGCAAAGUCUAGAGGAAGCCCAGCCUCCUCUAGCUGGGGACUGUGAACCAGAUGCGGAGAACACAUCCUCAGCAGUGGCUGGUGUCAGAAAGAGCCAGCUUCUGGUGGAAAAAGAUGCUGGGACCACAUGGGCCGCAGCCGUUCCUGAACAGGACAGAGCACUUGCCACCGGGACCCAGGGUGGGUCAUCCACAGCACCAGGGGAGCAGGACCUUCUCCCGGUCUCAAGGGAAAACCUGGCAGAUCUGGUGGUGGACACAGGCACUCCAGGGGAGCCCCAACCGCAGAGAGAGGGGGCCCAGCCCACCACAGGAAGGGAGAGAGAAGCACAUGGGAAUAGGGCCACAGACUCUGGAGAGAACCUCCAUGAUUCUGAAGAUCUGGACCUACCAGCUACCCAGUGCUUUGUAGACAGAGAGAAUCAGAGCCUGGAAGCAGUCCCCAGCAUGGAGGAUGAGCCCACCCAGGCCUUCCUAUUUCCUCUGCCCCAAGAGCCUGGCCCUUCCUGUUGCAGCUUCCAGGCCACAGGUUCCCUGGAUGAGGCAUGGGAGGUCUUGGCGACACAGCCAUUCUGUCCGAAAGCGUCUGAGGCCUCUGAGACCCAAACCGCUGUCACCCUCCUUGACACCCCUGCAUCUUGCCCCCAUCCAUCUAGGACAGCACAGCAAGAGCAACAUCCAGAGAGCCCAGUCCAUGCAGAGCCACUGGGGAUGGAAGGCAGAGGGAUGCAGACUCUGGAGAAAGACAUGGGUACCCCAAGAGAAACAGCAGAGAGGGUGAUCCCUGAGGGAGGGCCACUGCAGAAGGAAACCAAGAAACUGCCCUCGGAAAGAGAGAGGGAAGAUGCGACGGGAGAGGAAGAAUUAAUCGGGGCGAUACAGGACAGAGAACAAAAUCAGGUGUUAGCUAGAGAUACUCAGAGCCAAGAAUCUGACAAAAAAGUGAAAAGCGCAAGUACUGGAAGGGGAAUGGAGACUGUGAAGGUAGAGAUCGAGACUCCCAAGGAAACACAGGAGAGAGAGAGAGAAAAGCAGACCCUUGCAGGGGAAAUAUUUGAGAGUGAAGCAGGGAAACUGGUAGCAGAGAGAGAGAGUGAGGCAGGUGGGUUAGAAGUCAAGGGACCCCAAGAGCUACUGGAUAGAGGCCCACAGAUGGGAGAGACAGAGGUGGGGGGCCAGGACCAGAAAGGCCAAGCCUCUGCUCCACCACCAGAGCCUGGAGCAGGGGCAGGAGACCUUCAGGGACUUGCCUCAGACCUAGUAGCUUCUGGGAGCCAGGCAGGUGGAGGAAGGGGAGCCCCAGGGAGCCCCAGGAGGCAGCAGAGAGGUGACUUGAAUUGCGAGAUGCCACCUGCUGAGAAGGCUUCCAGGGGUGAUCAGGAAUCCCCAGAAGCUUGCCUGCCUCCUGCAGCACCUGAAGCCUCAGCCCCACUCCCAAACUCCCUCAUCUCUCAGAUCCAAAAACAUCCCACACCUCAGUCCCUCCUUUUUCCCUCUCCAGCUCCUUUAGAACUGCCCAUUCCCAGGACCAGACAAAAUGAGAGUCAGGAAGCUCCAGAGACUCCCUUCUCCUCCAAGCUGAACUCUGUCCACCCAGAACCCAAAGUCAGGCCCCAGGGGUCCUCUCCAGUUUCUUCUCUACCCCUUGAGCCUCACCCUACCACCCCCACAGGCCAGCCUAUUGCCCUUGAACCCACCUCUGGGGUCUCUCAGAGCAGGUCACAUAGUUCCUUUGAUGUACCUGCCUCAUCAGUUAUCCCCACAGCCCUUGCACUGCAGCCAUCCACCUCCACAGACCAGUCUGUCACCCCUAAGCCCACACUGCGGGCCCCUCGGGGCAGGGCACAUAGAUCUUCUGUCAAAACCCCUGAACCCAAUGUCCCCACAGACCAGCCUGUUGCCCCUGAGCUCACAGCUAAGGCCACUCGGGGCAGGGCACAGAGGUCUUCUGUCAAGACUCCCAAACCAGAUAACCCCACAACACCCCAGCCCCAGCCUUCCACUUCCACAGACCAGCCUGUCACCCCCAAACCCACAUCCCGGGCCCCUCGGGGCAGGACACCUAGGUCUUCUGCCAAGACUCCUGAACCAGUUGUCCCCACAGCCUCUGAACUCCAGCCUGCUGCCCCUAAAGACCAGCCUGUUGCUCCUGAGCUCACAUCUAGAGCCACUCGGGGCAGGACACAGAGGUCUUCUAUCAAGACUUCCAAACCAGAUACAUCCACAACCCCUGAGCCCCAGCCUUCCACUUCCACAGACCAGCCUGUCACCCCCAAACCCACAUCUCGGGCCCCUCGGGGCAGGACACCUAAGUGUUCUGCCAAGACUCCUGAACCAGUUGUUUCCACAGCCUCUGAGCUCCAGCCUUCUGCCCUCACAGACCAGCCUGUCACUCCUGAGCUCCCAUCUAGGGCUACUCGGGGCAGGACACAGAGGUCCUCUGUCAAAACCCCUGAUCCAGUUACCACCACAACACCUGAGCUCCAGCCUUCCACCUCCACAGACCAGCUUGUUACUCCCAAACCCACAUCUCGGGCCCCUCGAGGCAGGACACGUAAGUCGUCUGCCAAGACUCCCGAACCAGUUGUUCCCACAGCCUCUGAGCUCCAGCCUUCUGCCCCUGCAGACCAGCCUGUUGGUCCUUUGGCCACUCAGUGUAGAAGACAUAGGUCUUCCGUCAAGACCCCGGAACCAGUUGUCCCCACAGUCCCUGAGCCUCAUUCUUCCACUUCUAAAGAUCAGUCUGUCGCUCCUGAACCCACACCUCAGGCCACUCAGAGCCAAACACAUAGGUCCUCUGUCAAGACAUCCCAGCCAACUGAACCCACAGCCCCUGACCUCAAACCUUCCUCCCCCACAGACGAGCCUGUCACUCCCAAGGUCAUAGCUCAGGGUGGUCCAAGCAGGGCACGAAGGUCUUCUACAGCAAGUGCUGUGCUGGUUCCUACUACCCCCGAAUUCCAGUCUCCAGUCCCCUCAGAACAGCCUCUUCCCCCUGACCCCAUCCCUGAAGUCAACUGCAGCAGGAGGCCAAGGGCCACUAGGAAACAAGGGUCUCCCACAGCUCAUGUUCAUGAGCCCUGCACCAUACCCCCUGAACCUAACUCCCGCUCCUCAAAGAACCAAAGACGAGGGGCAGUGAAAGCAGCCAAGCCCCUUAGCACCAUUCCUGAGCCUACCUUUGCCCAGCUUCCCGAGGCACCGCCUCACACUCCCCAGAUGCCAGAGGAGGAGGCAGCAGAUGGAUCAGGCUUCACCCCAGAGCCCCAGCCUAAGGCCUCUCAAAACCGCAAGAGGCCUUCAGCUACUGCACAUUCACCUCCACUUCAAAAACGGCUCCAGAGAGGGAAAGUUCCUCAGAAGGCAGCAUCCCUUAAGGAAGAAGAAGAAAAUCCAGCAGCGAGGCCGUGGAAGGAAGAGGGUGUAGUGAGUCCAGGUCCAGGCAAGAGAAAGAGAGAGCAGACAGAGGAGGAGUCUCAGGGAAGACCGAGCCGCAGCCUGCGACGGACCAAACCUAUCCAGGAGUCCACGGCCCCCAAAGUGCUCUUCACGGGCGUGGUGGAUGCUCGCGGAGAGAGGACAGUGCUGGCCCUGGGGGGCAGUCUGGCUAGCUCAGUGGCUGAGGCUUCUCACCUGGUGACUGAUCGGAUCCGCCGGACGGUCAAGUUCCUGUGUGCCCUGGGCCGGGGCAUCCCCAUCCUCUCCCUGGCCUGGCUGCAUGAGUCCCGCAAGGCAGGCUGCUUUUUGCCCCCGGACGAAUAUUUGGUGACUGAUCCUGAGCAGGAGAAGAACUUCGGCUUCAGCCUUCGGGAGGCCCUGAGCCGAGCUCGGGAGCGAAGGCUGCUGGAGGGCUAUGAGAUUCACGUGACCCCCGGAGUCCAGCCACCGCCACCUCAGAUGGGAGAAAUCAUCAACUGCUGUGGAGGCGCCAUCCUACCCAGUAUGCCCCGGUCCUACAAGCCUCAGAGGGUCGUGAUCACAUGUUCCCAGGACUUCCCUCGAUGUGCCAUUCCACAUCGGGUUGGGCUGCCCAUCCUCUCACCCGAGUUCCUGCUGACGGGAGUACUCAAGCAGGAAGUCAAGCCAGAGGCCUUUGCCUUCUCCACUGUGGAAAUGUCAUCCACCUGA